AUGGCUCAAAACAUUGGCACAUCCACGCGCUCCUUGCACGCGGAUGAUGCGCUAAAUGUUGUCUCCGAUGUGGCCCCUCCAAUGCAUCUUGCUACUACUUUCCGUUAUUCCGAUGACCCCACCAAGUUAUUUCCAGUGGCUGAUCUUAGCGAUAGCGGGCUUGAUCCCACUUCCCACAUCUACUCCCGUGCCUCGGCGCCUAACCCUACUCGCUUCGAAACUAUUCUCUCCGCCCUGCUCAAUGGUACCGCAAUCAGUUACUCUUCCGGUCUCUCCGCCCUCCAUGCAGCCCUGACCUUGCUCAACCCCCGCCGCAUCUCCGUUGGCGAAGGCUAUCACGGCUGUCAUGGCGUGAUUGCCCUCUUCACCCGCCUCACAGGCCUCCAGAAGCUUCCCCUCGACUGCCCCGCUGACCAGCUAGAAGCUGGCGAUGUAAUUCUCCUCGAAACACCUCUCAAUCCUAAAGGCACAGCCUACGAUAUAGCCUCAUACGCCCAAAAAGCGCACUCUCGCGGCGCCUACAUCAUUGUCGACGGCACCUUCGCUCCACCAGGCUUGCAGGAUCCUUUCCUCUGGGGCGCCGACCUAGUCAUGCACUCCGGCUCGAAAUACUUCGGUGGUCACAGCGAUAUCCUCUGCGGUGUCCUCGCAACCCAGAAUGAAGAUUGGUCUAGACAACUCUUCCAUGACCGCGUUUUCCUCGGCAGCGUGAUGGGUAACAUGGAAUCAUGGCUUGGCGUCCGUUCCCUCCGCACGUUGGAAGUUCGGGUCCAGCGCCAAAGCGAGAAUACUACUAAACUUGUCCAAUGGCUUGCUACUGCUUUACAUGCUCCUAAUCCUGCCCCCGGGAGUGACGAGGCAGCCGUUCAGAGCGUACUGGGUGAAGUCUUCCAUGCCAGCUUGCAGGAUGAGGGUGAAUGGUUGAAGAAGCAGAUGCCCAAUGGAUUUGGUCCUGUAUUCUCCAUUUGCAUGAAGGAGGAAGACCUCGCUAGGACGCUUCCGUCGAAAUUGCAUUUCUUCCAGCAUGCGACUAGUCUUGGUGGUGUGGAGUCGCUUAUUGAGUGGCGUACUAUGUCGGAUGCGACCGUUGACCGGAAGUUGUUGAGAAUCAGUAUUGGGUUGGAGAACUGGGAGGAUUUGAGGAAUGAUUUGGUCAAGGCUUUCAAGGAGUUAAGAGCUUGA